CACGUCGUUGCAAAAAUUCCAGGGUUUCGUAGUUUGAUCCGUUUGUAUGCUUUGUUCUAGAAUUUAUGGACUGGAAUCGAUUGUCAUUGGAACGAUUAGGGUUUCUCUUUUAUGGUGAUCUUAGGGAUCGGUAGGGGUAUUGUGAGGUCGAAAGAUUGGAUUUUGGAGCGCCUUUCUGUUGCUUGGUUUCCUUUUGUGCUGAUCUUGGGAUUAAUGUGUAUUUCGUUGGUUAUAUGUAUAAUCGCUCCACAUUAAUCCCGUAAAAUUGCCUCUUUUUCCCUCCCUUCUUUGUUGGUGAAACUUCAACCGCCAUAAUCCGAUACGUUCUUGAUUAUUUUGGUCAAAUAUGGAUUCUGAUUACCGAAAUUCUUUCAUAGUUGCAGUGGAAAUCUAGGAUUCUGAGCUGCUUCUGAGUUCAAUCAUGUUUGGGACUUUGAUUGGGAAUUCUUGUCAGCAUAUUCCGUGAUUUUCCAAUCUUAUUUUGGGUAUCUUAUUCUCAAAGGUUGAUGAUCUAAUGGACAUCAUCACUUGUUAUGUUGAUUUGUCUUACUUCGACCUUUUUCAUGUUUUUGUUUGUUGUCAUGGGCGAGGCUUUCACACUAAAGGAGAAAACUCCUUAAUGUGCUCUACUUAAAUUGAAUUAGUGAAAUAGUUUAAGAUGAACUCCUUGAAUGUUAUCAUUGUUUUCUGGUGAUGGAUUCUUCUGAAUUGUGAAUUGUGAAUGUUAUCAUUGUUGACAUUGGUGGACAAAGAUAUGGGUGCUUACAAGCUUUGUGUGCAACUGCAAUGGCUUUAUGUAAGCUGAUUACAGAAAGAAAUUAUUCCCUCCUAACCAACCAUAAGAUUGAUAGAUGUUACAAAGAUAUCUUUGGUUGACUUAGUUACAAAAACUAAUAAGUUUACCUUGUAGACAAUAUUUAGGGCCUUGACAGUCUAUACAUUGAAUGGUUGGACAAUGAAGCGGAACCAAGCAAAAUGAUGUUAUUGCAUGGGGAAAUUUUGGACAGACAGUGGAAAAGUAUGUUCUAGGCAGCUUUGGACUUGCAACUAAAAUAGGACUUCCACAGCAAUGGGCACCCUAAAGAAUAAGUGGAACUAUAGUAAAAUUAUCUAAUGUGAUAAAUAACUCUAAUGGCUAAUUUAUCUCAAUAUUGGCCCAGGUGGCUGUGAGUUUUAACAUGGCCCAACUGGUUAUGGUCUCUGCCACUAGUAUCUUGUGCUCUGUCAGAACAGUAAGCAAGGCACAAACAAGAGCUUAAAUUUGCAAUAAAUGUCAAGGAGGAGGAUAAUAUCACCAAAUUAUCUGUAAUUGAACAUGAUAUUUUGAGAGGGAAAAUCUGAAAAUGCUGUAUUGUCUGUCGACCAGAGCCAGCAAAAUCCAUGUUUAAUUUGCAUGUGAACCUUGAUUGAUAACUAAGGGCAUAGACAGCUCUGCAGUUGUUUAUGUUCAGAUUCCUGGAUAAUCCUUUAUUUGUGUUGGAAAGAGUGAUAACUCAUGUCCAAUGACUCUGUUGAAAGUUUAUUACUUUUCAGUGCAUUAUUACAUAAGUAUUCAAAUUCUCAAUUAGGAACAUUUGUAUAUCAUGCACAAGCUCCAAUCUGCUAUACUAUAGUUACCUGUCUGGUUUCUUUCUUUUCUAUUAUUUGUGUUAUCUGGUCUAAUUCUUGUAUUGUUUUCCUCCUCUGUUCAUGCUGCCUUGGCUGAUCAUUUGACACGGAUUGUCUGCUUCAGUGCUUGCUGGCCUUGCUUUUAUGUUCUCGGCUAGCAUCUUAUUGCAAAUUCUGGCAUGCGCUUUAUACAACAAUUGGUGGCCUAUGUUAUCAGCACUCAUGUAUGUGGUAUUGCCGAUGCCAUGUCUGUUCUUUGGAGAUGGUUCAACACGUUUCCUGACUAGCAGGGAAGGAGGGGGCUGGAUUAAUGCUGCUAAGUUCUUGACUGGGGCAUCAGCUGUGGGGAGCAUCGCAAUUCCAGCAAUCCUGAGGCAUGCCCACCUAAUUGAGACAGGAGCCAUGUUAAUAGAAUUCACAUCUUUCUUCAUCCUUGUUUGCACUGUUCUUUGUUUCCAUCGUGUUAGUCUUGAUGAAGACUUCUAAAUCUGUACUUGAGUCCAAUGACAGAAAAACACUAGAACCAUGUUCCAUGUAUCAGUGACUCAGGUCGACAAUGUACCCAAUUUUUAGCAGCCAGAGAGCCUGUUCAAAACUUCA